AAUGAUAAAGAAUUGGGGAAAUACUCGCGAGUGAAAGUCUUCCGCUUAUCUCGGCACGGGAGCGCGCAGCAGGACACAGCGGCAGUGCCGUGAGCGCGCCUUCCGUGUCUGAUUCGUUCGCUGACAGCCAGCGGUGCGAGCUGGACUCAUUAACGGCUAGUGAUCCUCACCUCGCGCGUUACCAACCCAGUAGUGCUCCGCGUAUCGUUUCUUCAUCUCAUUCCGUCGCCGUACGAUUCCUCCGAAAUGAAUCCACUGUGUAGCAGAUGUAACCGAGUGGUGUAUCCCACGGAAAAAGUGAAUUGCCUUGACAAGUACUGGCAUAAAGGAUGCUUUAGCUGUGAAGUCUGUAAGAUGACUCUAAACAUGAAGAACUACAAAGGCUUUGAGAAGAGACCAUACUGUAAUGCACACUAUCCGAAGACGUCAUUCACCAGUGUUGCAGACACUCCGGAGAACCUGCGCCUAAAACAGCAAAGCAAGAUGCAGAGCCAGGUGCUCUACAAGGAGGAAUUUGAGAAGAACAAAGGAAAGGGCUUCAGCGUUGUGGCCGACACACCGGAGUUGCAGAGAAUCAAGAAAACACAAGACCAAAUCAGCAACAUUAAGUACCAUGAGGAAUUUGAGAAGAGCCGAAUGGGAGGGGAAGGCCCGCCUCAGCACCCACAGACACCUCAACAAAACACAACUCCAGCAUAUCAACCCACGGCAGCAUCUCAGAACUAUCACUAUGAGCCCAAGCCUGUGCAUCAGGCCGCUGCCGCCCCUCCUCCCAGCUCUGGGAAGCGCUACCGAGCAGUGUAUGACUACACCGCAGCUGAUGAGGACGAGGUGUCGUUCCUGGAUGGCGAUGUGAUCAUGGACGUGCAGCAGAUCGAUGAGGGGUGGAUGUACGGAAAAGUGGAGCGCACCGGCCAGCAGGGGAUGCUGCCGGCUAACUAUGUAGAGGUCAUCUGAACAUAAGAGAGAGAAAGUUGGAAGGGUGGAAAAGAAAAAGAGGGGGUUGUGGCGGAGAGAUGCAGAUGAUCAGCCGAGUGCCAUCUCACCUUUCAAGAUCUCAUCUUUUUCCUCUUCUUUUCCUGCACUAACUGUCCUAUCAGGGGUCAGCCUCUAUGACCCGGUCAGGAUCCAAAACAAACAUAGUUCAGUACGUAAUCAUACACAGCAACAGCGCAUAUACGCACUCACAUAAAUAGUGAAUGAUUUAUGACUUUUGCCCAUGUCUUUCUCUCUGUCUUUUGCUUUUGCUGUUUGUCUUAUUAGUAAGUGUUUCCUCAGUCCUGGAAAGGUGCUGUCACAAGUGGCACUUAAGUCUUAAUAAGACUCGCACACACCAACCUUCAAAGUACAUGACCACACGGAC